AUGAUAGACGCAAGCCAAACAUACAUGUUUGUGAUGCUCGAUCUCGAUGUUCCACCAGCGGACGGCAGCACAGAACGCCGCACACUACUACACUGCAUGAACACGGGAUUCAAAGCAACAAAACAACAACUCAUGGGCGCCGCCACUCUGCUCGCAUCAUCGGAAAAGGGUCCCGCCCCAUACAUCCCUCCAGGCCCUCCAGCGACCGACACAGUCGCGCAUCGAUACGUCGAACUGCUCUUCCCGCAACCUGCCAGUCUGAACAUUCAGGCAUCAGCAUUUGCUGGCGUACAAGAUAGGAUAGGCUUUGACAUCCAAUCGUUCAUGUCGCAGAACGGUGUGAGUGCGCCGCUCGCGGCAAACUUCUUCCGUGUUGACGGAAGGAUAAGUGCAACGGCUAGUGGGACUGGAUCAGCGACAGUAGCGUCGGGCGCUGCUGCUACCCCCACGGGAACACCACAGCCUUUUACGGGUGCAGCUGGCGAGAUCAGCGUACCGUAUGGGACGGCUGGUUUGCUUAGCGGUGUAGCUCUUUUCGCGGUGCUCGUAUUGUAG